AUGUUCUCCAACAGAUCUCAUACAUAUAGGAAGAAUGACUCCUUAAAACUUUAACCAGUAAGUCCAUCUGAAUCUCAUCCACUAGAAUCAGAAUACAAAUAUUUACCUUUGAUUACAAGAGUUAGUUAAGAACAAUUGGACCCAAAGUGGUAGGAAUGCAAAAUAGACGGCAAAAACCUCUUACCGAGAUCAAGCUCAGCAAUAACCAUCUUAAACAAUCAUUUAUAUUUAUAUGGUGGAUAUUAGUAUGCAAUUGGUAUUAUGAAAGACUUCUACAAACUCAAUCUGAGUGCUCCAACCUACAGCUGGUAGAAGAUUAAAUGCGAAUACGAACCAGGACCUCGUUGCAGACAUUCCAUUUGCAGUUAUUAAGAGGACAUUUACAUAUUUGGUGGAUAGAUAGCUGAUUCGAUAUCAACAAAUGAAAUUUUUAUUCAUGACGUCAAAUAACAAUAAUGGAAAAAAUUAAAAGUUAAUAAAACCUAUCCAUAACCUCUGGAUAAUCAUUGUGCAACAUUAUAUGAGGAUCAAUGGAUUAUCUUUGGUGGAUUUUACAAUGGCGAUUAAUGUAAACACUCUAAUGAUUUAUUCAGCUAUAAAUUUAGAGAGAAUAAAUGGCUCAAAUUGAAUAAACAAAAAGGAAUGGAACCUGCCCCUAGAGAUGGAAGUUCUAUGACUAGUCAUAACAAAAGUGUUUAUAUAUUUGGAGGUAAAAAUGGGGAUCUCAGAUAUAAUGACCUUUGGCAAUUCAAUAUGUUAAGUUAAGAAUGGAUUUUUAUUGCCAUUAACAAGUUGAAGAAUAUUCCAAUGAGCAGAUCAGGACAUUCACUAAUCUCUUAUUAGAAUAAUUUAAUCGUUUUCGGAGGUAUUCAUGAUGUGACCUGGGAACUUGAUGAUUUGCAUUGUUUCAAUCUGGAUCUCAAAGAAUGGAGAACCAUUAACUCAGAUUCUUCCAGAAGACAGGAACAAGAACUGCUUUCCCCUACAAAAACUAAUAGAAAUCCACCAAAAAAACGAAAACCCAAGAGAUUACCCAUCUUGCUUAGACCAUUAAGUUUGAGAAAAUCACCAUGUCCUUCACCUAAAAAACUUCAUUCUUUUUCGUAAUCAUAACAUUCCUCUUAUUCUACUAACAAUCAAAACAAUUAUGCAAGUUCUGAUCUAAGUCAAUGUUAAAGCAACUUGAAUAAUUAAAAUAAUGUAACAGUCCAAACUUCUUUAAACAAUGUUUAGGAAAGAAAAAGAUGGGAAGAAUUUAAGAAAAAGACUGCCAUGUUGAAAUUAUUUGAAGUUGAAAAUAGAGAAAUUAUGAACUUUUAAGACGAUUGCAAUGUUGCUGAGAAAUUAAAAACAUCUAUUAUUUUAAUUGGCAAUCCUAAAUAAGACUUGAAAUUAAAAAAAGGAAUCUUAACGGAAUUUGGAUAAUAAAUCAUAUCCAAAUUUCUUUAACCCUUAACAGGGGGAUAGAAUACCAUUAAUGGCAAGAAACCUUGUGCAAGGGAUGGCCAUGCUGUGGCUGUAUUUAAUGAUUUUAUGAUUCUAUUCGGAGGAGACAGACAUACGAUGUCUUUUAACGAUUUGUAUUUAUUGAACUUGAAUCAAUUUUGA